AUAAUAACUGCAAGCGAACAUUUCAGUUGUUGGCAAUCGCCUUUCUGGUUUUCUCUCUCGACAUUCGAAUGGCCGCUAUAUUAGCUCGCAAGUCUCUAUCUGCUCUUCGCUGUCGCCAGCUUGUUUUGGCAGGACAAGCAUGGCAAGGGACUAAUACAUCUAAUGGAACUUUGCUUGGUACUCGAUCAUUUGCUACCAAGCAUUCGUUUUCAACUGACAAAGAUGAUGAAGAAAGAGAGCAGCUAGCAAAGGAGCUAUCAAAAGAUUGGAAUUCAGUCUUUGAGCGAAGCAUAAAUACACUGUUUUUGACUGAAAUGGUUCGGGGUCUGAUGCUGACGCUUAAGUACUUCUUUGAAAAGAAAGUGACUAUUAACUAUCCAUUUGAGAAGGGGCCUUUAAGCCCUCGUUUUCGUGGGGAACACGCCCUUCGACGUUAUCCUACAGGAGAGGAAAGAUGCAUUGCAUGUAAACUUUGUGAAGCUAUUUGCCCUGCUCAAGCUAUCACAAUCGAGGCCGAAGAGCGAGAAGAUGGCAGUCGUCGAACAACUAGGUAUGAUAUCGAUAUGACAAAGUGCAUCUACUGUGGAUUCUGCCAAGAAGCCUGCCCUGUUGAUGCCAUUGUUGAGGGGCCCAACUUUGAGUUUGCAACUGAAACUCAUGAGGUCUGUUAUAAUAGAACUCCUUUACGACAAGGAGAAGCUUCUUGAGAAUGGAGAUCGAUGGGAAACUGAGAUUGCGGAAAAUCUGAGAUCUGAAAGCCUCUAUCGCUGAGCUCUUUCGUUGAAUAUAGAAGUUUGUUUAUGAGCAAUCCACAAAAUAAAGGGACUUGCUGAAUGUUUUCCCUUGUCUUUCAAUUGUUGAGAGGACUCUAUUUCGUAUACAUAGAAAAUUGUGAAAGAAAUAGAGCCGGAUCUUGGAACAUCCGUAGACGAAUGAUGCUGCUGUUUUAGAUUCUGGUAUGGCAAGAUGACUUAUUUGUAAAGUACUGUCGGUCAUAGACUUAAGUGGCUAUGUCAUUGCAAUUACUCCUGCCGUACUAAUGGGUUAGGACUUGCCCAAGUUGGAUUUGGAUGAUCCAUUCCAGUGCUAAAAGAUUGGAAGUUUUGUUCA